CUGCUCCGGGAGAAGGGAGGAGCCAAACUACAGGAAAACGUGACAUUUCCGCAUGUCAAUAAAAAUACCUUUCUGGAGACAAGAGGAAGAAGUGGAUAUAGUUUAUGAGAAGAAGUGUUCAGGUGCUCUGCUGCUUUCGGUGCCCACAAUUAGCAUGUAAGUUUCGGUCACAUGAUGCUCAGCCUGAGCAGACACGCACGAGCUGCCGGGAAACACACCACACCGGAGGAUUUUAUAAAAGCUGAGGUUGAGUUUAAACUGAAAGCGAAGAAGGACACAGAGGUGCUGUUAACAUGCUGAAGUUAAAGCCAAAGUUUGACCUGCACAGAGAUGUGGUGUGUGACAUCCUCAGGAAGGAGGCGUCGGUCUGCAGGGUGAAAGAAUACUCUGGAGCAGUGGACACUCGUAUCCUGAACAUUGAGAGGGAUGGGGGCAUCCUUUAUUCCUGGAAGGGAGCAACAGGGACUACUAGGAUUGGGAAAUAUGACUCCAACACCAAACAGAAUAAGCUCCUGUACACAUUUGACAAGCAGGUGUGUGUCAGCAGCUGUUCCCUGAACAAGGAGGAGACGCUGUUAGCUGUCAGCUUGGCACAAAACACCACAGGAGAGGAGCGCCUCAAACCAAUAUCCAAGUGUCUAACCCUCCUGAUUGAGAUCCAUCCCAUAAACAACACUAAAGUCCUCAAGGCAGUAGACUGCAGGGUCAAAGUGCAGUUCCUCCAUUCAGAAAGUGACAGGAGAUCAGUGCUGGAGAGCCACCUGCUGCUGCUGACUGAGGAUGGAUAUGUGGAUCUUUACCACGUUGUGCUGACGAAACAGGAGGGUUACCGAGUGGUGAUGGCUAAUCCAGAGCGUUUGUCCAAAACCGCAGAGAGAAUAGUGGAGGACUUCUGCUGGGUCCAGUGGGACAGACACACACAAAGAGUCUACUAUCUCACUCACAGUGCAACACACACACAGGAAAAGUUCCUGCUGCGAUGCGUUCAGUUUUACGCCAACCAUAACUGUGAAAUUGUGUUGGAGCUUCCGUUAAAGUUGCCUGCCAAUCUUUUCCGCACAGUCAAGUUUGUAAAUCUGGGUUUUGACCAUUAUCACACGGAGAGACCAGACAAGGAGCUCAUUAGGAUGGAAGUGUUCACAAACAGCAUAGGAAGCAUGUGUGUGUGCUACAGCCAGCCUCUUAAAAACAAACAGGAACUGAUGUACACUGUGCUUUUAGUCCACAAAGACUGCAGCAAGAUGCACAGAGUGUCGCUGGGCAGCGACCAGUCGCCACAAAAACCUGCACAGCUGCAUCCACUCUUCAUCCCUCUAGGUUAUCACAUCCUGGUGUAUCUGCAGGACUGUUUCCUCCAUUGUAUCAACACUAGGCAGGAGGAGAUGCUCUGUCACUCCCUCUUUCUCUCAGGUCUCGACGCAGACUUGGGCCUGCAGUGUCAGUCGGCUAACAUCACGGUGUUGCAUGCAGAACAAGAGUCCAGUGGUAGUUUUUUAGACUUGGCCAGUGGGAGGAUCCACACCACCGAGCUGAGCCCUGCCUUCCUGCUGCGGAUUCUGCGAUCAGACACUCCCUCUAGGUGUUCCAGCAGUAAGACUGACCCUCAGCGCCUGGCCGCCCUCCACUACCUGCUGGUUUACAUGGGAAACGACCCAAACCUGGAGCUGAAGAUCAUCGAAUGGCUGUGUGACAACGUGAACGCCUUCGAAUCCUUUGAUCAGAUCCAGGAGUUCAUUCUAGCCUCUUUAUACAGAAUAAGCUAUGAGAAGUCUCUCAGCCUGGAUAAAGUCCUGCCUUACUCUUCAGUACUCGACAAGAAGGAGAUACACGGGUGUCUGUUGGAGGUCCCUGGUGUGUUGUGUACCACUGAGCUGCACACUGAAGCUGUGUUCAAAGGCAAGGCCAGAAGUCUCCAGGGUUUCUGGUCAGAGCUGCAGUGGAACACAGAGAGGUCAGAAUGUUUGGACGCCAGUCCCAACCCCAGAUACAGAACCUCACUCAUACAGGCCGAGUGGGAUAAACUGAGGUCCGAGAGGAGACCAUCCAGCACCAUGACUCACAUGGAGGAGAACACAAAGAAGGUUCUAUCAAUGGUGGACACCUGGUGUCUUGAUAAGAAGCUGGUGCCACUUUUCCAGGAGGAGGACCAUCAACAGAGGGCGCUCAUAGGGCUGACGGUUGACAAGCUUCGAGAGCAUCUCAACAGACACUUGCCUCGACUGGGGAAGAAGAAGAUUGACUCGCUGGUCGUCAACUACGUCGCCAAACUGCUGGAGCUCAUCAGACACAUGCUGGAAUCAGUCUGGCUGAAAUACAAACUCGGCCCUCGUGUUUUGUGCUUCACACAGCAGGGCAGUCCGGCCGAGUGGUCCGUGUUUCACUUCAUGUUUCGGAUCCUGGAAGCCACGAGGAGCCUCUGCCUCCCCCUUCCACCUGGCUAUCACACCCUGUUAGCGGUGUUUGCUGUGCGGUGCCUCCCUCAUCACACCUUUCUACAGUACAUUGACCACGGCUUCCUGCAGCUCACUGAAACCUUUGUGUCUCGGCUCAUGACAGAUUUGGACAACAGUGAUGCCAGCGAGAGACUGAAGUUCAGCAUACUUAAGAGACUCCCUGAGCCUAUGGAGCAGAGGAUCUACCAUAUGUGGGACCAUCCUGUCAGUUCAGCUUCGAUCUCCAGAGAUUAUGUCAGAACGCUGCUGGAGAGACACAACAAAAAUAAGGGAUUUGCAUUCACCGGCAGAGACAAGCCCGCCUUCAGACCUGAGUUUCUGCCUCUUACCUACCUGGCAAAAAUACUCUCUGAUAUAGAGGAACAAGCUCUGAACCCUUUCGAGGAGCAGGAGAACGUGGACGCCAGGUUCGUGGAGGAGACGGCUCUGAAACAGACACUGAUACUGCUGGGCUUUGAGGAAAAAUGAGGGAUGUGGAGUGGGCGGGCGGGGUGGAUAGAUUGAGGGAGAAAUAGAUGAGGGGGAAAAUGUGUUUGAGAGAACAGUCAUCAUUGACUGGGCCUUGAGGAUAAGUAACGGAUGGAUGGAUGAUGGAGGGACGGAGGGCGAGAAGUGAAAGAUGAAUGGAGAGAUUGAAAGGCAGGGUGCUCAUAAACAAGCUCUCACUGUCUGAUGACAGAUUAGGGUGGGGCGGGAGGAGAGAUGGAUGGAGACGCCCAGAAAGGAAAGAUGAAGGGGAGAACAUGAGGCGAAAAGUCACCCUGCUUUUCCUCGGAAACACUGAGGAGUGUGAGGGUCUGUACCAAAGAUGAUAACAUGAUAGGGAGCACAGUUAGAUCUUCAGUUAGUGGCUUAAUUCAAUUUGGGGAAACAUGCUUUUCAAUUUUUUAUUGAAAAUCAAUAACUGCAGGCAGCUAUUUAUCUGGACUCAAUUUCUGUGGCGGCAACAAUUCUCUCCACAACCUCCAUUUUCUCUCGAAACAAUUUAUGAACAUUGAUGUCAAGUAUAAAUCACACACUUGUUUUAUCCUUCUGUGCUUCCUGUAAUUCUGCCGCACCCCAUCAACUUGAUUACAUGCUGACAAAAGGCUUUGCGGACAGAGCGGCUGGAUAUGGUCAGUCCAUUCAUUCUGAUAUUAUACACAAUCUUUGCUGCUGAAAGGGGCUUAGGUGAGACAACCCGGCCAACCUGAUCGUCAGAUGGUAUUGUACGUUUCUGCGAUCCACAGAUACGUCACAUUCGUCCGUUAUUAUGUUGUGGAUACAUUGAAACUUUACAUUUCUUUACAUUUCAUCAGUGCUACAAUGAAUAUGUGGUGAGAUUUAGGCACAAAAACCACUUAGUUAUGGUUAGGAAAAGAUUGUGUUUUGCCUAAAAUAGCUACAUUGUACCAGGGCUGAAAACAAAGCAACAAGUUGCUAAGAAACACCCACAUUCAGUGGCUAAGAAGCCGCCGGAAAACAACCAAUAUUAAUGAUUGUUGGCCUUCCAACUCGUGACAUUACUUUAAAAACAUUGAUGUAAGUAUGAAACAGACAAAUGUGACGUAUCAGACAUGUACAACGCCAACAUGUUCUUCAAGCGACUGUGCUAACCUGGCAGAUUUAAAGUCAUAUAAACCCAACCAGAUGUUUAGGUGUUGUAAACCACAUGAAUCGGAUGCUGAUUAAAAAAAAGUGGCUAAACAUUUGAGAACAGGAACUGGUCUGAAAUAUGUAGGAAAUUCCCUGUUUGCUGCUGUAAGGACAAUAAGGGCUGUGUGUCAUUCACACACUGUAAGAAGUGGACGAAACCAUUGUGACGUCACUGUUUUUAAAGCCUCUAGUUUGGCAUUUUGGCAGUCGCCAUUUUGCUUUUUUUGGAGCCAGAGGUGACCAUAUGUGGUGGCUGAGAACCUCAAGGCCAUUAAAUGAAAGCUGUGACACAGUGCCAUGUCACGUCGUAUCAUUGGGGUACAGCACAUGUGUGGCGAAGGCUGGUCUUCACUUGCUGAAAGGCUCAGUAGCCUGUACGUUAUCAUAGAACAUCGUAUUGAUGGAUUAGUUUCACUGAGGCAUCCAGAGUUGGCUUUGGUUCGGAAAAAAAUUCAUACAAAAUAUGCGGCAUGUGUACGGCUCCUUAAGGAGCACAACCAAAGAGCACCUGAGCAGACACCAUCCCUUUAUUUCUGGCGUCUGCUGUAGCCCUAAAACACUGCAGCCCUCUUGACACUGCACAUGUGUCGUGCUCCAUAGGGUCAAAGACCAUGUCCAGGUCUUCAUUAAAUAGCCUUGAGGACCCGUGGUAGCCACGCCUUAAAGCAUCCUCCACUUUAUUGUCUGUUUUACUCUAAAUGGGACCAUAAUUCACGAAAGGAGCAUCAAACUGUAUCGCAGAAGACUUAAAAGUAGCGAUUAAGACUAUUAACUCAUCUGGAAAAGGACUUGUAGACUGCAACCAGUGGAGCUGCCCCCUGCUGGCCAUUAGAAAGAAUGCAGGUUUGAGGCAUUUUGCAUUAUUAAUUUUGAGAAAUAUAAAUAUGCUUUUCUACAAAACCCUCAGCCAAAGCUUUCUUAUUGUAAACACUGCAUUCCCAGCUCUAUUAAAUUAAGCCUUACUUAAAAUUCAAUUAGUUACCUGAGAGGAAAACAGCAAAAUACAAUAACUUUAUAUUUACUUUAUUUAUGCAGCACAUGGCAAAAUCAGUCAAAAUUCUUUACAACCCAUCAAAUCAAACGGGUCAGUACAAGGUUAAGGAAAAGGCUUUACGAAUUUCAAUAGGAAAAAAAAGAGAGUCUGUCCGCGCACACACUCAAACAUCUGGUUUGAAUAACAUGCUCACGUGCCCUCAAUCAUGACUGAGCUCUUACUGUAAGUGAAGAGAUUCUUUGGUAGUGAAGUUUGUGUUUGUGAGUGUGUGUGUGUGUGUGUGUGUGUGGCAUGUGUUUCCCUUUGUAGUGUCUGAAUGUUGGCACCAUCUGAGACUAAAUACCAGAGACUAUUUACGUCUCAUGUCGCACUUUGAUUUGAGAAAUUACAAAACAUUCCUCUGAAAAAUAAAGGGAUUUCAUAAUCACUCAUGUUCCUUAUGUUUACACCAUAAAGUUUUUUAUGAUGGAUUCUAAAUAAAGAGAUUUUUUUUUUCAAA